GGCUACAGGGAAAGGGGAUGGUGCUGGUAGCCAUCUCGCAGUUCUUCGGAGCAUCCAUGAACGUGAUGACGCAAUUGCUGGAAGUUGAUGGGCCGCAUGGGAAGCCUAUGCAUCCAUUUCAGGUUCUCUUCGUUCGAAUGUCUAUUACUGUCGUGGUCAGCGUGGUCUAUAUGUGGCAUCAGAAAAUCCCAAACCCGCUCGGGACCCGCGAGACAAUACUUCUCCUACUUAUCCGGGCUGGAGGCGGCUUCUUCGGCGUGUUUAGCUUCUACUACUCGGUGCGGUACAUGCCCCUGUCGGAGGCGACUGUGCUCACCUUCCUGAGCCCGAUCCUAGUCUGCUAUGCGUGCUCGGUGCUGCUGCCCCAGGAGAUCUUCACGCGCAAGCAACUGCUCGCCGGGCUCGUCUCCCUGUUGGGAGUGGUUCUGAUUGCGCGGCCGUUCUCGAGGCAAGAACCAGACGAUGACGGUAUUGGUACCCCUUAUUCCACAAACACAUACCACCACCUUCUGGCUGUACUGGUUAGCAUGGUCGGGGUGCUAGGGUCUGCGAGCGCGCUGGCUGCUAUCCGAAUCAUCGCGCAACGUGCCCAUCCGCUCGUUUCUGUGACGUACUUUUCCGUGUGCACGACGGCAGUGUCGACGAUUGCACUAGCUGCUAUCCCGUCGAUUCCAUUUCGACUGCCUGGGAAUGUGACGGAAUGGGCUCUGUUGCUGGGACUGGGUAUCUGCGGAUUUGUGAUGCAGUUCCUGCUGACGGCGGGCUUGGCUUACGCACCGCCAUCGCCGGGUGAAGGACUUCCUUCAGGGGGUGCUGGGGGAGGAGGAGGAGGAGGAGGGUCUCGACGGUCAUCGGCCGGCUCGCGUGCCACAUUCAUGGUCUACACGCAGAUGUUGGUCGCCCUGUUCUACGACAAGGUGAUCUGGAACAUGACGCUCACGGCCUUGAGCUGGGCCGGGUCCGGACUGAUUCUAGGCAGUGCUGUGUACGUCGCGGUCGCACAUGAGGAACGCUAUGUCCAAACACAGUCUCCAGUAUCAUGUGAAGAGGAGGGUAUCGAGAUCCAGCAGAUGUCGGCGGAGAACUGCAAAGGCGACGUCACCGGGCAGGAGACGGGGGUGGAGGAUGUAGAUCUGAGGCAUUAGUACUAGGAUAUAUCAUAUUACAGCACACUAGUAAUAAAAGGGAGUAAUAUGAUGGACUGCAGAAUGCCUAGUAUAUAUGUGAUGACUGGGAUAUCAAGCAGCUACCACAUAUAUAGUACAGCUGUGAGGUUCCCGUUGUGACUCUGUACGGUAAGGAUUGCCUUGCACUGACAACGCUUCACCAAUCAUCCUAGUUCUACUUUCC